AUACCAACUUUUCAGAAAACCUACUGUUGAAUCAAGAAACUGACCUUUCUGAUAAUAUAUCUAAUCAGGAGAAUGAAUGUGAAGAAUUACCAGAAAAUGAAGGAUUUAGUUAUAAAAUUAGAAGAAGCGAAUCUGAAAAUGGCAUAAUUAGAUGGCUUACUUAUAAAUAUUCCAAAUCUGGAAACUACAAUGCACAAACAACUGUCGAUCUUAUGAAGCAAUAUCACACAUCAUCUCAAAGAACAGGAUUGAUAGCACCACAAUUUUGUAAAUUUAUUCCAGAAAUGCUUGCUGAUAUUAAAAAAUAUGUUAUUAUAGCUCAGAUGGAUUCAUCUUCUAUAUUUUCUUUACUCAGUUAUAAUUAUCCUAAACAUACAAUAAAUAAGCGAGAUUUAUAUAAUGCUGUAUAUAGAUUUCAUCGAGAAAAUAAUCCUAGUGAUUCAGAUGCGGCACAAAUAUUGCAAUCAUUAUUACAAUUCAAAGAGAAUGAUCCAAGAUAG